UAUAUUAUUCCGUACGCACACGCUAUUAUGUACUACCACUACUACGGUUUAUACUCGUUUUGUAUUCGAUGUUUACGCACGUACGCUAAAUCUGCUAACCCUUAGUGUGAGGAUCUGUAACACGACGUCGUACAGUGCUUGUUUUCGAUCAGCCACUUUCGGUCGCAGCAGUCGCGCGGUGCUCUCUCGAACGUCAAAAACAACUACAGCUACAACCACGACAACAACAACAUCAACAACAAUAACAACAACAACAAACCCAAGAAUAAUCCCUAACUUACAGAUUGUACUUAAACCAAAUAUUGUCGCAACGAUAAUUUUCUUUAAUCCCAUCGUAUAACCCUUUGUCGUGUUCGCUGAAUCCCGGUGAAUGGCAUCGGUGACGACAAAGAACAGUCAACGGUAUCCAUCGAGACAGGAUUUUUCAAGAUGAUCUUUACGACUGUAAAAUCGUACAAGAUUGUACAAUAUCAUCGUGAAAUGACAUCCGGUUUGAUGCGUGGUGCAGGCUACAACGGUGGAGGCGACGUCGAUACGGUAAUGACGAAGAAAAAAAUCAGUGGCGGUCAUUAUCACAACUGCGUGCCAUCGUUACUGCAAGUGACUGCUGCAGUGGCGGCGAUACUGUUGGUGAGCUGCAGCUGUGCAGCAAGCGCGGAACCCGUAGCUCCCGUCCAAGUGGCCGCCGCUGUGGCCACGGCCACCGGAACCGUCGAAAGUCAGGCGCGACCGGUCGAAAAACCUGCCGACGCCAUUGAUCCGUCACCCGAAGCGGCGACGUUCUCACAGCCACCACCACAGUCGCAAGAGACCGCCACCGAGUCGGUGGAAUCGCGAUCGUCCGCGACCACCCAGACCGCGGUGACGGAAAACGGUGAUCGCCAAACCAAGCUGCAGUUGAAUGAUAAUAAUGUUCAACAAGACGAAAAGCAUCGGCAACAGCAACAACAACUGCUGUUGGCCCCGUUGCUGAUGCCCUCGGCGCAAAUGUCCGCGGUGUGGCCUUCCCAACCGUCGUCCCUGCAGCAGCCGAUGGCCGUCGACAGUAUUUCGGUGAUACCUUCGCUGUCGUCUCUCGUCGGACGAGAACGUACAGUGGUUGAAAUCGUGCCCGUGCCCAGCGCGUCAGAACAGCACCUCGUCGAUUCACACUUGCGUCAGCCUCAACCGGAGUACAAGUAUAUCGGAAGUCUGCAACCGGAAUCGGAACUACUACAACCUGAACGGGAGCUACGACAACCCGAACAGGAGCUAAGGCAACCCAAACCUAACGAGCAACAACCGCCGUCCGAACUGGGCUCGGAACAGUUGCAGCAACCGUCAUUGAUCCAACAGGUACAACAACAGGCCCCCGAUCAACAACUUCAACUUUCGUACUUGUACAACAACAAUGUCAUCGGCAAUAAAAACAACGAUGAGGACGAUCAAUUGCAGCAGCAAUAUUCGUAUCAUUACUACUAUCAACAGAACCUUGCGCAACAGCAACAGCAUCAGCAGCAGCAGCAACAACAACAACAACAACAACAACAGCAACAACAACAACAACAGCAGCAACAACAGCAACAACAACAGCAACAUCUACAACUACAGCAACAGCAGCUCAACAGCAACGUGCCGGUCGUGUACUCGCCGCUACCCGUGCAAUACGGCGGUGGCCAGUUCUACUAUCACAACAAUUUCGCCGGCAAGUAUCCGCCACAACAACAGCUGCCAAACUACUAUUAUCGCGCCAGGGACGGCGGUAGACCGACUUCGCGGCGCAACAGCAGGACGCAAUCGCCGUCCGCGUACGACGUCAUCAACAACAACGGCGGAGGUAAUUUCUACGCUCACCACCAGCCGCAGCAUCAACAACAAAAACAACCGUCACCGGACUACGCCGGCGAAAGCGACAACGUGAUCGGGAUCAAAUACGACCAAGAUCCGACGGUCGGCGCCGCGGGCAAGCAGCACCAACCGGUGCCGCCGUUCCGGCCCAGCCAUCCGGUGUGGGCGUCCCAAUAUCCGGUGCCGUGGACGUACUACGUCAAGUCGUCGAUGGUGCAACCCGGGGGGCGGCCGGCGCCGUUCUACGCGCAACACAACAACAACUACUACGGCGGCGGCCGGAAGUCGCGGUACGUGUUGCAGCAGUCGUCCGGCGCGGUGUCCAACAGAGUCGGCGGCGGUGGGUAUUCGCCGGCCAAGCCGCCGCGCACAAAGGUCGUUUACAUCGAGUACGGCGGAUUCAAGCCGAAAAUGGUGCCGUCCGUGCAGAUCACGGCUGCCGAGGACUAUGACGGCAACCGCCGUCAGUUGACGGUCGUCGACGGUGGCGAAGACGGCGCGCAAGACGUCGGACACCGCGACAGUCCCGCGGCCGCAGCCACCACGGCCGCGGACGCUACCACUGCCGUCUCCGGGGCCGCAACCGCGACGUCGACGACGACGACGGUGGCUGCGACGGUAGCGAACAUCACGACCACGACGACAACUGCGGCGACCGUACCGAGCGCGACCACGGCCGCAUCGACAUCACCGCGACAACUGCAACAGUCGCAACAACAACAACAACAAACGCCCGCCGCCGGUGUCGUCGUAGUAGUCGUCUGAGUCGAUCCGACCCCGACGACGAGAUUUUAAUUUAUAUAAAUUUUUUUUUUCAGUAGUUUUUGUACAUAAUAUUAAGCGGCUCUUAUAUAUAUAUAUACGCAUACUAUAGCCUUAUAGCUGCGACAGUAUUUAAUUUAUCAUUUAAUUUAUAUUUGUAAUUUAUGUGCGGACGACGCGACGUGUCGUACGGUAGAAACGCAUCUUUCGCCGAUUAACUUAUAAUAUAUUAUAUUAUCGUGUUUGUUAGUAUACAAUAUUAUUACGUUGUUGUGUAUCGUUUUUAAAUACGUAUUAGCAUAUUAUAUAUUGAUUAUAAAUUACUAUCGUGUUGGUAAUCAACGGUAUUAUAGUUUAUAAUCACAUGUAUUAUUAUUCGAAUCGCGUGACAUAAUUAAUAUUAUAUUAUAUGGGCACAAUAUAGCUACAGUGGUACACACUAUCGAUGUGUAGAAACGAUCGAAUACAGCUAUUUAAAUAUACUUAUAUUGUUCUA